AUGAAGGAAGAAGGAAAUAUGGAAGAAAAAAUUCAAGAAGGAGAAGAAAUCGAAGGAAUUAUUAGUAGAGAAAUGAAAGAUGGAUAUAUAAUUUCGUUUAAUUCAAUACUUAAAGGAAAAUUAAAUUAUAUUGAAAUAGGAGAUAAUAUUGAAGAAAUUAAUAUAAAUAAAAAAGAAUAUAAUGUUGGAGAUAAAAUAAAAGUUAAAGGAUAUUAUAGUAAAGAAAAUAUCUAUUUAAUAAAAGACAAAAAAGAAGAAAUUAAAGAAGGAGAAAUUAUUGUUGGAGAAGUUAUUGGUAAUAAUACAAAAGAAUUAAAAAUUAAAGUAUUAAUUAAAGGAAAUAGAAUAGGAUAUAUUCAUUAUUGUGAUAUAAGUAAUGUUUUUAAUCCAUUUCCAAGAGAUUAUUUACAAA